ACGGUCUCAGGCGGAGAGGGUCGGGCGGGGGGUCUGCGGGCGUGAGGGAGCCCCGUCGCCGCCAAGGGCCACCGGGGCGCAGCUUGAGCGGGGAGGGCGGAGACUCCAUUUCCCAGGCUGCAGAGGGAAGGGAGCUAAAAAAGCCUUCCUCGCUGCAGGUUGAACUUCUCGGUUGCAGAUGAGCAAGAGGGAAAACCGUGAAGGGAGAAAGAGAAGGAAGGAAAGAAGGGGGUGGGGGAAGAAGGGAGGAAAGAGGAGGAGGAGGAGGAGGAGAAGCAUCUCUGGGCAGGCGAAUUAUGCAUGCACUAAGCGAGCUCUGAGAGAAUGGCUGUGGAAGCUAUCCACUGCAGCCUCAGUCCAAAUGGUAUCGAUCUCUCUGUGUGUACUGAAGGAAUUAGCCUGCAACUUGAAGAUGAGAGAGUGGAACCAACCUCACUUAAGAAAGAAACCUCUAAGUUGCCCGAGUUGAAAGAAACUCUCCAAAGACGGCCUUUGGAGUCAGAAGCAUCUAAGUUUCAUAUUGUAAAGUUGACAAAGCCAGUGGCCCUUUGGUCGCAGCAAGAUGUAUGCAAGUGGUUGAAGAAACAUUGCCCGAGUCAGUAUCAAAUCUACAGUGAGUCGUUCAAACAGCAUGACAUAACUGGCCGCGCACUGCUCAGGCUUACUGACAAAAAGCUUGAGCGAAUGGGGAUUGCUCAGGAGAGCUUACGUCAGCACAUUCUGCAGCAAGUGCUCCAGCUGAAAGUGAGAGAGGAAGUUCGAAACCUACAGCUACUCACGCAAGAAUUUUCUAAAUCCUCUGACUGGAAGCUGGCAAAUGCAGAGCAACACCUUGUAUGGAGAUCAAACUUGCAAUCACUUCAGAAGCCUCGACAGAGAGUUCCCCAUAAACAUCACCAACCUCUAAAGCUGCUGCCCUGCCAGAUGAUAUAGAAAUGAACUUUUCCAUCUGAAAGAAUGAUAAUAAUAAUAAUUUUUUAAAAGAAACGGCACUGCCAGAAGAAAACAGCCACCAAGACCUGGACCCAAAUCCAACUGAUCUGAUUAACAAGAUAAGUUCUGAAUAGUCUCUGAUUUGCUGAUGGAAUCCCAGCGUGGCAUGUAACCAACAAUAGAACUCUUUCCACCUAAAAGUUGGUGGGGCUUUUUUACACCGGAAAACUGUUUCCAGUUUCAUCACUGUGCAUAAACUUUUAUAUUCCCGUGAGGGAACUCUCUGUGACUUUCACUAAAGGGUUUGGGUUUAAUUGAGUUUUGUUUUUAGCAUGGCAAACAAUGGAUUAUAUUAUAUAUGCAGAUUGCAUGUUUUUUUUUUUUAUGGGACCGGUAGUUCCAAUUCUGCACACCUGAAAUGUUCACCGAUAACCCUUUACCUUACCCCCCGCCCCCGAUAGGAAUGUAGAAAUAUUUUGUGUUAGUGAUACACGGAAUGAUAUCCUGUUUUACAGUAUCUGCAAUCCAUACAUGGUCUCCACACAGACAUUCUAGCCAAUUUGGUGUGUAUUGGGAAUGUAUCAGGUAUCUGCAUUGAGAUUAUAUAUCUUGCGUGAUUCACCAUGUGCAUUGCUUCAGUAGCAAAGUUGGCUUGGUAACUCACAUGGAUAUUGUCGUGGCUGUUUUGACUCUUCACUUGUAGAAGUAGUAGAAUGAGAGCACGUAUGUUCCUUUGCUGCACCUACUCUCCAAAAACAACAAGCAAGAUUAUAUUUCUGUUGCAUGUUAAAUAAUAGAGAAGAAAUUAAUGGAGAUAAAAGAUUUCUGUCUUCUUGCAAGAAUCCCCUGGCUUUCAACAAUUGAAGACACACAUAACAUUUCAGUAGCAAUGUGGCCAGUCUGAAAACAUUCUCAUUGCACUGGGUAGAAAUGCAGUGUUUUCUACUACACAGUUGUAGCAAAAGCCAGCUAUAAAAAAAAUGCUGAUUGGUGGUUAGCAUAGGCAACGUUAUUUUUGGCUGUAUUAAAUGCUUGCUUGUUUUCAAUAGAACAGACAAAAAUACGAAUAGCGAACUGAUAAACAAUUACCGUCUUACUCCAUAAGCGAUUUUAAUUCUUUUUCCUUUGAAGUCACAUGCCCCAUUUAAAGUAGUAUAGAGUAACAGAAUGAGUUUUGGGCUUGCUAGUAGUACAAGCCCACUGUAGUGAGCACACACUACUAUAUAAUUGGUAUAUUUAUCUUCACUCCUGGAAGUGUUGAAAAUUAGAACAUCUACUUUUUAGGUGACAUAUGGAGAAAUGUUAAAGAUAAUGAAUGCAGAUCACAACUCUUUGCAAGGAAAUAGGGUGAUCCUAGUUUCUUUCUUAAGUAGAAUUGCAUUUGUUCAAGUAUGUUCUUAAGCAGUUCUGCCCAAUGACAUUUUCUUCCAUUGACAUCCAACUUAGUCUUGGGGUUCACUUUUUUGUUGUUGUUCAUCUGGUGUGCCAUAUUGACCUCAAACUCUUUUUCAAUCAACUAUCAGUUAGUGCAAGCAAGCCAAAAUUUCACAAGCCAAGGAUAUGUUAAAAUCUCAAUCAUCUUGAAUAAGGAUAAUUUAUACUACAGAUAGGUGUCCACAAAUAUAUAUGUUUUUAAUCUGUCUUGACCCUCAGCUUUAUACCUGAAAUCUGUUUUUGCUUUGGGGUUUUUUUUUUUGCUCUCACAGACAA